GAAGUCUCGUUCACAAAUCAGCUGAACCAAAUUAAUAAAACUCAACCAUGAAAAAAACAAUUAGAAAAAAAAAAACAUUAAUCUGAUCACAGCUGCAUCACCCCUAACAAACUCUCAUCUCACUUGACUAAUUUAAUGUCAGACAAACCAAAAGUAUUUCUAUAUUACGCACUGAUAUCUGUAGAAUCACACACAUCCAAACCCAAAGAUUCAUACGAUCAUAUGAUUUUUCUCCUUUCGAGUUCACACACAACACAAUCCCUGCAUAAAUACCCAAUAUAGAUCGAUUCAAAUUUCUCAAAAAAAUGGACUUCACCUUUUUAACCACUCUCAUCUUCUGCAUACUUGUCCCACUAUCUCUCUUCAUCUUCAUCAAAUCCAAGACCACAUCCAGAACCUCAACUAAGCUACCAAAAUCAUACCCUAUCUUUGGUUCGUUCUUUGCAAUUGUGAAGAACAGAGAUAGGUUCGUGCAGUGGUCAUCAGAGAUAGUGAAAUCCACACCCAACUUAACCUUUCCCCUCCACCGCGGCCACGGCCAUUGGAUCAUCUACACGGCCAACCCUGCCAACGUGCAGCAUCUUCUCAAGGAUAACUUCCACAACUACGAGAAGGGGAACUUUUUCAAAGUGAACUUGAGAGAUUUUCUCGGUGAUGGAAUAUUCAACUCCGAUGGCCAGACAUGGAAGUUCCAGAGGCAGGUUGCCAGCCAUGAGUUCAACACCAAAUCCCUACGCAAGUUCGUCGUCAACGUGGUGGACUCUGAGCUCUCCGAACGCCUCAUUCCCAUCUUGAGAAAGGCGGCGGUGGAGAAAACUGUCAUUGACUUCCAGGACAUUUUGCAGAGAUUUGCUUUUGACAAUAUUUGCAAGAUUGCGUUCGGUUAUGAUCCCGGAUACUUGUCGGCAAAUCUACCCAAGGAGAAGUUCGCGGUUGCUUUUGAAACGGCUGUGAAGCUCUCCACUGAGAGGUUCAUCUCGUUCACCCCUUUGAUCUGGAAAAUCAAGAAGGCCAUUAACUUCGGAUCAGAGAAGCAGCUUAAGAUAGCUAUAGGCGAAAUACGCAACUUUGCUACGAAAAUAAUCCGGGAGAAAAAGCAAGAACUUGAGCAUAAAUCCUCUCUAGAAUCAGUUGAUCUCCUUUCAAGAUUCUUGAGCUCAGGACAUUCCGAUGAAGACUUCAUCACUGAUAUAGUGAUAAGUUUCAUUCUAGCAGGCCGAGACACGACUUCCGCAGCACUGACAUGGUUUUUCUGGCUGCUUUCAAAUCAUGGAGAAGUGGAGAAAGAGAUUCUGAGAGAGAUCAAUGGACCAUCAGAAGCUUCAACAGUUUAUGAUGAGGUGAAGGACAUGGUAUACACUCACACUUCAAUUUGCGAAAGCAUGAGGCUUUAUCCUCCGGUUCCUACAGAUAGUAAAGAAGCUAUAGGUGAUGAUGUUUUGCCUGAUGGAACAGUUGUAAAGAAGGGCAUGAGAGUGCUCUAUCAUCCAUAUGCUAUGGGGAGAGUUGAGAAAGUGUGGGGUAAUGAUUGGGCAGAGUUCCGCCCGACACGGUGGUUGGAGAGGGCAGCAGGUGGUGAUGGAAAAUGGAGUUUUGUAAACAGGGAUAGCUUUACAUACCCGGUUUUCCAGGCUGGACCGAGAAUUUGCCUUGGGAAAGAGAUGGCUUUCUUGCAGAUGAAGAGGGUGAUUGCUGGUGUGUUGCAGCAGUUUAGGGUGGUGGCAGCAGCAGAAACAGAGCCAGUAUACGUUGCAGAGAUGACAGCUAAAAUGAAGGGUGGUUUUCCAGUGAGGAUUGAAGAGAGGAACUAGUCUUGAUUUGCCAUGACUAGGAUGCUUAUCUUAGUUACUUCAUAUUUUGUGUUUCCAUUGUUUCGGACUGUAUUUUACUAGUUACGAAUGUUACAAGUUUUCAGGCAUGAGUUUGAUAUCUAGUACAGACUGUACA